AUGGCUCUCUCUGUACCUGGCUACUCGCCCAGUUUCAAGAAGCCGCCUGAAACACUACGGCUCCGCAGGAAAAGGGUUCGGAGUCACGGGACCGCCACUUCCCCGAAUCCUGAGCCGCGUCGCGCUGCGCUGGCAGCCGGCCUGCACCUCCGACCCUUCCCGGCUUCGACGAGCAGAGGCAACGGGACCCCGACCCGGAGAAAUCCCUUCGCCCGCCUAGAUAACAGGCCGCUGGCCGCCCCCGAAACUCCCGACGCGCCGCCCAGCGAACAGCUGGAAACACUGAACCCGGUGAGUGCUUCGUGGCCAACGAAUGGUUUGCUAUGGGAAGAAAAGUUUUCUGAACCACCAACCACUACUGAAUUGUCUAAGACUCCAUCUGUAUCUUUCUCCGAAACUGAUAUUCCAUCCUCAGAUGGUACUGAGUUACCUGUGGACUGGAGUAUUAAAACAAGACUCCUUUUCACCUCUUCUCAACCCUUUACCUGGGCAGAUCAUCUGAAAGCACAUGAAGAGGCUCAAGGUCUUGUCCAGCACUGUAGGGCAACAGAAGUUACCUUACCUCAGAGGAUACAGGAUCCCAGACUCUCCACUGAGCUCCGCUGUGCCUUCCAGCAGAGCCUCAUCUAUUGGCUCCACCCUUCAUUACCUUGGCUGCCACUGUUCCCUCGUAUUGGAGCAGAUAGAAAAAUGGCUGGAAAGACAAGCCCUUGGUCAAAUGAUGAAACCCUGCAACACACUUUAAUGAGCGACUGGUCUGUGAGCUUUACUUCUCUAUAUAAUCUGCUGAAAACAAAGGUUUGCCCUUAUUUCUACGUUUGUACCUAUCAGUUUACUGUCCUGUUUCGGGCAACAGGAUUUGCAGGAAGUGAUGUCAUCACAGCUAUCUUAUCUCCCACAACUAGAGGUUUAAGAGAAUCUAUGAGAAAUGAAGGUAUUGAAUUUUCUCUGCCUUUAAUAAAAGAAACUGUCCAUACGAAGAAAGCAUCUGGAACAAGCUCAGGACAUGAGGAGGAGCAAGCAGUCAGUGAUGAGGAUGAAGAGGAAAGUUUUUCCUGGCUGGAGGAGAUGGGUGUGCAAGAUAAAAUUAAAAAGCCAGACAUACUCUCUAUCAAGCUGCGUAAAGAGAAACAUGAAGUACUAAUGGAUCACAGGCCUGAGUCUGUUGUAUUGGUGAAAGGAAUCAACACCUUUACAUUACUCAAUUUUUUGAUCAACUGUAAGAGUUUAGUUGCCACCUCCGGUCCACAGGCAGGACUUCCACCAACCCUGUUAUCCCCUGUAGCAUUUAGAGGGGCCACAAUGCAAAUGCUUAAGGCACGAAGUGUAAACGUGAAGACGCAAACUCUUUCUGGAUACAGAGAUCAAUUUAGUUUGGAGAUUUCAGGUCCUGUCAUGCCUCAUUCUCUACAUUGUAUGAUCAUGCUACUCCAGUCUUCACAGGAUGGGUCUUUUUCAGCAGGACUGUAUACACACGAGCCAACUGCUGUAUUUAAUAUCUGCCCAUCAGUGGAUAAAGUACUAGAUAAAGAAACUAUUCAUAAGGAGCUUGCCAACUGUGGGUUGCAUCCUAAAACUGUGGACCAACUUAUUCAAAUACCAUUACUGGGAAAGUCAUCCAUACGACAUAUGGAAAUGAAUGACUACAUUUAUAAUUGGAAAUCAUGA